AUGACGCCUGCGUUCUCCGCUGGCGACCGCGCGGGGUGUACCCACCUCUCGGGUGUACGCACAGCUGACGGCGACUCCUUGGCUGGCCAGAACGUCGAGUUCAAUCGUUCAGACGACCUUCCAGCCUUUCUCCAAGAGCUCCAGAAGCAGUGCCUGUCGUCGUCGGCAGCGCCUUCUUUCUCGUCUCCCUUCUCUUCGUCGAAACCUGCCAGUGGGGGGAGUAAACGGUCGGGACGAAGGCGCUGCGGCGCCGGAGCUGCAGAGACAGCGGAGCGUCCGUCGGCCAGAGCGGCGCCCUUAGCCUCUCUCUCUCCGGCUGCCUCUGCGCUGUCGAGAGACAUCGAGAGGAGACAGAAGAAAGCAGAGCGCCGCGCAAAAGAGGACGCGGAGAAGGUACAAGACGCGAGUGGACAGGCGGCCGAAGUCGAGACCAGCGACGAAGAAGAGGGGAUAGGCUCUCGCGCGUCCUUCGUCAGAGCGACGAUCAUGCAGCGGCAAAGCCGGGAGACACGUUGUGAGGCGGAACGCAUGCAGCGGGAGAAACAGAGUGAGAGGAAGAGGUCUGCGGAGGCGGCAGGCGACGCAGAGAGAGUGUCUCCAAAACAGAAACGAAAGAAGAAGAGACAUGCGGUAGAGACAGGAUUGGGGGAGCCGGUCGACCGGAAGGUGGAUGAGAAGAACACCGGCGAAAACGCAGCGAGGGGGGAGAAGGAGGAAGCGAACAAAUCUUUGCACGAUGCUCCGGAGAACAGCAUUCAAAAGAAGAAAAAGAAGACAGCAGGGAAGGAGAAGCAGCAGGCUCGAGGAGAGGACCAGGCCAGCGUGCAAGCUUUCGAGUCGGAGAAGAAAGCAGUGCGCGAGCAAAGCAUGCAGAAUCAGAAAAAGGCGAAGGGGUCUCAGGGCGCCGCUGAGUUGUCAAGGAAUGCCAAGGCGGCAAUCGGCGAGACAUCCUCGGAUCGUGAGAGGAAAGAGGAAGAACAAGGUCUUCCUUGUGUUGGUUCGAACUCUUCGGUAGACGCUGCUGCUUUCGGACAGACCCAGAAGCCGAACAAGAGAAAGAAAGAUGCCGCGUAUGACUCUCGAGUGUCGUCGGGAACUUUCCAGGAAAAGGGAGGAGGAAAAUCGAGAAGCGUAUCGUCUGCAAAGCGAGAAGGAAAGGCAGAAGGACAACCGACAGUUCUAUCGUGGGAACGGUCGACGGGGAAAACUCUCCAAGGACGCCUGAUUAAGUUUAGACGCGCCGUCGGAGAAGGAGAACUGGCAGGCCGGAGGCGAUCAAAGACGCGCAGUCGACAAAAGAAUAUCCGCAAAGACAACCGCCCCGAUCACUUGAAGCCGCCGCAUCUGCAACUGGGCUCGAAAGUCCCUGCCUACGACCUGAGCGUCAAGCCGUAAACGUCCGUGAAGCUCUUUGUUCAUGGCUCGCGGCUGCUUCCAAGUGAGCAUUUCUUCUGCGCUUCGCUUGCGUGGC